AUGGCGUCGACAGACAACAACUUGUCAAACAUCCCAUUCCUGCGCGAUAUGGCCAUAAAUUUCAAUGUGAAAAACAUCCCAUUGGCAAUAUUUUUCUUCGUCCUGAUUUGCAUUGGUUCUGUGUUUGCUGUGGUUGUGAUUAUUCUGUGCAUCAAAUCGUGCAUACGACGAGCAAUUUUGAGCAAAGCAAGACGUAAACCAAUCAAGGGUGUGUUCCUGGAUGAGAUACUGGACCCAAUAGUCGAACCAGGGAUGUGUGGUUUACUGACAUUUGCUUUGGAAUACGACGUGUCCAGCAAAUGUCUACAAGUGGUUAUUGUUGAGGCCAAAGACUUAAAAAAUCCGAUAGAUUCAAAUAAGCAUGACGUUUAUGCUACUGCUAGAUUAUUAGUACUAUUGGAUAAAAUGUGUGUACCACGUGGAAAAUGGUACAAAACCAGCGUCGAACGUGAUACACUCGCACCAAAAUGGCACUUUGCAUGCCCAUUCACAAUAACGGAAUAUGAAUUAAAGAACGCCACACUGAUUAUUGAGGUCUUCCACUGUGAUAGUUUGGGUCAAGCACAUUGUUCCGGUCGACUUGAGGUAGCCAUUGGGGAUAUCGAUAUGAACGAAUAUGUUGGUGGUACGUACGACAAAACUGCCGGUUUACUUUCGGCUGCACCCACCUGUAAAAGUACUGGUGAGCUCUGCGUCGGUCUUGCCUAUCUAUCUAACCCUGGCUGUGUUGAAACCUUCAUCUAUGAAGCACGAAAACUGGAUUUCGGUCAUUUGUUAACCCAAGGCCAGGAUGCUAUUUACAUCCAAGUGGAACUAAAGUAUAGGAAGCGAACAUUCGCUUCUUAUGAAACGAAGUCCAAAGUUGACUUAAUUAAUCCCUACUUCAACGAAAAAGCUGUUUUACCAAUUAAACCGAAAUAUCUGGAUCAGGCAUGUGUGGUGUACAGUCUGAAAAAACGUCGAACACUCAAACGCAGCAACGUUCUCGCUCGAGCAGUUGUCGGUUCAGUUUCUCCGCUUACUAAUGGCGUCAAACAUUGGGAUGAUAUGCGAAAACAUAGCCCACGCACUCAUGUCAUGUGGCACCUAUUGGUUCCGGAAGCUAAUCGACUUGACCCCUAA